GCUCUCCCUGGGUUCCUUGCCUGAGACCCCUUCUGAUCCAUUUGCCAACGGACCACUGGGCACAUCACUUCCGGAUCUAUGCUCAGCCUUCAGCCGCUGGAUAGUCCCCCCCUCCCAAGCAGCCCAGACCCGCCCCUCGCCCCAUCCUCUCAUUCUCUCCCUCCUCGGGCUGCUGGGAAUCGGUCACAUCCUCUUUCCUCCUCCACCCCUUUGCCCCCUCCCCAUUGCAGCGGCUGAAUCCAAUCUCCUGGACUGAACUUCACUGCCCACCCUCCACCCGAAGGCCAGUCCAGCGUCCCGGAGCGUGGGAGAACAGAGAAGGAGACAGGGUCGGGGCAGGGAGUGGGAGCCCUUCCUUUCCCGACCACCUUGCCUUCUGGAGAAAAGCGGCAGCUGGUUGGCAGCCAGAGGGUUUUCCUAUAGGAGAGACUGGGAGAGGGAAGGAGGAGGGAGGGAAGGAGAGAAGGAGAGAGAGAAGAGAAGAAAGGAGGGGAGGGAGGGAGAGAGAGAGAAGGGAGGGAAGGAAGGAGGGAGGGGAGAGAGAGAGAGAGAGAGAGAGAGAGAGAGAGAGAGAGAGAGAGAGAGAGAGAGAGAGAGAGCAAGAGAGCGCCACACGCCCAGCUAGUCAGAGCUAGAGCAGAGCGGAGCCACCCCCUGCUAGCCAAGGAGAAACCAUCGAGUCUUGAGUCGUGCCCGGGGCCCCGGGAGGCAGCGGCAGCGGCAGCGGCAGCGGCGGUGGAGCCAUGGCCGAAAGGAAAGGCUCAUCAGGGAAGCACCAGGGGGAGGAUGAGGAGGUCCCUGCCUUUUUCAAAAACCUGGGCUCUGGCAGCCCCAAACCCCGGCAGAAAUUCUGCGGCAUGUUCUGCCCGGUGGAAGGCUCAUCUGAGAACAAGACCAUCGACUUCGACUCGCUGUCGGUGGGCCGGGGCUCCGGCCAGGUGGUGGCUCAGCAGCGGGACGUGGCCCACCUGGGUUCCGACGGGCAGCCCCCUUACUCUCGGCACGGCCCCGGCCGCCAGCCAUCUGUUGAAUCAUCCGGAAGGAAGGUGGAGAUCCGGAGGGCCACGGGCAAGGAAGCCCUGCAGAACAUCUACGACCAGAGCGAUCGGCUUUUGAUCAAGGGAGGCAAGAUCGUGAAUGAUGACCAGUCUUUCUAUGCAGACAUUUAUAUGGAAGAUGGCUUGAUAAAGCAAAUCGGUGAGAACCUGAUCGUGCCAGGAGGGGUGAAAACCAUCGAAGCCCACUCCAGGAUGGUGGUGCCCGGCGGGAUCGAUGUGCACACCCGCUUCCAGAUGCCAGACCAGGGGAUGACGGCUGCCGAUGACUUCUUCCAGGGGACAAAGGCGUCCCUGGCAGGAGGCACCACGAUGAUCAUUGACCAUGUUGUUCCUGAACCUGGGACCAGCCUGCUGACUGCCUUUGACCAGUGGAGGGAAUGGGCAGAUAGCAAGUCUUGCUGUGACUACUCCUUGCAUGUGGACAUCACAGAGUGGCAUAAAGGAAUCCAGGAGGAGAUGGAAACUCUGGUGAAGGACCAUGGCGUCAACUCGUUCUUAGUGUACAUGGCCUUCAAGGAUCGCUUCCAGCUCACAGACUCCCAGAUCUAUGAAGUCUUGAGCGUGAUUCGGGACAUCGGCGCCAUCGCCCAGGUUCAUGCCGAAAAUGGCGACAUCAUCGCGGAGGAGCAGCAGAGGAUCCUGGAGCUGGGAAUCACCGGCCCCGAAGGCCACGUCCUGAGCCGGCCUGAAGAGGUUGAGGCCGAGGCUGUGAACCGGGCGAUUACCAUCGCCAACCAAACCAACUGCCCGCUGUAUAUCACGAAGGUGAUGAGCAAAAGUGCUGCCGAGGUCAUUGCCCAGGCCAGGAAAAAGGGCACCGUGGUGUAUGGGGAGCCCAUUACUGCCAGCUUGGGGACUGACGGGUCUCACUACUGGAGCAAGAACUGGGCCAAGGCAGCAGCUUUUGUCACCUCUCCACCUCUGAGCCCUGACCCCACCACGCCUGACUUCCUCAACUCCUUGCUUUCUUGUGGGGAUCUUCAGGUCACUGGCAGUGCCCACUGUACCUUCAACACCGCCCAGAAGGCCGUGGGGAAGGAUAAUUUCACCCUGAUUCCUGAGGGCACCAAUGGAACUGAAGAGAGGAUGUCCGUCAUCUGGGACAAGGCUGUGGUGACUGGAAAAAUGGAUGAGAAUCAAUUUGUGGCUGUGACCAGCACCAACGCAGCCAAGAUUUUCAAUCUCUAUCCCCGAAAGGGCCGCAUUGCGGUGGGCUCUGAUGCGGACCUUGUAAUCUGGGACCCUGACAGUGUCAAAACCAUCUCAGCCAAGACUCACAACAUCUCUCUCGAGUACAACAUCUUUGAGGGCAUGGAAUGCCGAGGCUCUCCGCUGGUGGUGAUCAGCCAGGGGAAGAUUGUCCUGGAGGAUGGAAACCUCCACGUGACUGAAGGGUCGGGCCGCUACAUCCCCCGCAAACCUUUCCCCGACUUUGUUUACAAGCGCAUCAAGGCCCGGAGCCGGUUGGCAGAGCUGAGGGGUGUUCCCCGGGGCCUCUACGAUGGGCCAGUGUGUGAAGUGUCCGUGACACCCAAGACAGUGACUCCGGCCUCCUCCGCCAAGACUUCUCCUGCCAAACAACAGGCCCCGCCUGUUCGGAACCUGCACCAGUCUGGAUUCAGCUUGUCUGGUGCCCAGAUUGAUGACAACAUCCCUCGCCGUACCACCCAGCGCAUCGUGGCUCCUCCAGGUGGCCGUGCCAACAUCACCAGCUUGGGCUAGAGCCCCCCAGUCACCGAGCAGCAGUAGCAGACUGGGAAGGGGGGUGAGGGGUGGGGCACCUGAGGACAUUGGGUUUUGUUUAUUAUUAUUAUUAUUAUUAUUUUUUAGAGCCUGUGAUAGUUACUGUGGGGCAGCCAGUCCAUGGGGCUCACUCCUGGGUCCCACACUCGGUCCUCCUUACCCUGAUGUCACCGAUUUUUGCUCACCCGUGUUAAUCCACUUUAAUUAGCAUUACAUACAUGUUCACACACUGACCCCACAGACAGAAUGUGAUACGGCACCUCAAAGGUGCAAAAAAAAUUGUACAAAAAAUCCCCGGUACAGAUCGGGUGGUUUUCAUGCAGGAUCCCUGUUGUUCUCCCAAGCAUCUUUCUUUUCCUUGGGCAAGGAUGAAGUGAAUUCCCGAGAGCUGCCUUUUUCCCCCUCUGAGAAGGAAGAGGGGUGGGGUUGGGGAAAGUGGUUUCAAAAUAGGGUGUUGGAAGACCCGAUCAAACAUUAACUCAAGAGUUUGGGAUCGUAUGUGAGUUUGAGACGAGUGUUUUAACAGCUGAGCGAAUCGAGUUGGUAGACCAGCGGUCCCCCCGCCCAAGGUGGCUCUAGACUGUCUCUGUGGACAUUCCAUACAUUUCAGUCUGGGUCAGCUACUGACACAUGGCAUCAUUUCUCUUUGGCUCCAAUACACAUCCUGAGUUCCCCUCUCUCUCUUUUUAAGGCUCUCCAGCUCUUGGGUUUGUUUGGUUUUAUGGGCUUUGUUAGCCUCUCUCUGGCUUCUGAGAGACCUCAGCCUGGUGGGAAUAGCCCUGGAUCUCAUGGCAGAGAAACUGGGUUCCAGUCCCACCUCUGGCCGUUAUUAUCUCUAGAUGACCUUGGGCAAGUCACUUAAGUCCUUUGCCCCUCAGUUUCUUUGUGUAAGAUGAAGGCAUCGGAUCAGAGAGUCCCGGAGGCCCUUUCUAGCACUCGGCAGAUGAGACCCUGGAUGUUUGUGUAGACAACAUUUUUCUCCCUCUCCCGGCCGCCUCUCUCUAGCCCUGGCAUUUUUCCAUUGUUGCCAUGGGGUCUGGCCUGAGAAAACAAAUCGAUGGCCCGUCUCAGAAUGCCGAGUUGUUCCCUGUUCGGUAAGAGGCCACCCAGCCACCCAGGAUAGCCAUGUGCUGUCUGACUCACUUUUGUUCCAGUCACAGGGAUGGGUUGGCCUGAGCCGUCCAUACUCUCUGGUGCCCCGUUGGUGAGAGGUUGAGGGGGAGGUACUGAAGGUGGCCCCCCCGAACAAAGCUAAUUGGCUACCGAGGGCAUCAGACUGCUGAUUGACUGGGCUAACUCGUCCCUUGGCCAGCCCGCAGAUUAGAGCAGCUGGAUGAGUUGGAGGCUGGUUUGAGAGCGUCCUCUGAGCUCCAUUUUAUUGGCCCCAGAGACAGCUUUGGAGGAGCUCAGGACCCUCGGAGGCUUGACUCCUUGGGAAUGGGCCCCCGUAGAACAUCCUGGUGCCCAGUCAAGCCUUUUUACCUCACAGAAGCCAACUUGGUAGAAGAGCAAUGUGUAGAGGCCUUAGAAAUGCACCCCCCAAAUCCUUGGGAAUUUUGACACAGGGAAGUCUCUUAAUUGGCAAAAUGGAGGAGCCAUGCCUUUUUGGGGGUUUGUUUUAAACAAAAGGCGCUUCAUUGCGCACUGACAUCUGCAAACUUAACCCAACGUUGGUGGGAAGCAAUGUCUGGCAAACUUACUCUCUACGGGCCAAGCUUGAGCCUACGGGUCACCUCACCUUAGCAUUGCCUAGCGUCUUGGUGUCGUGGAAUAGUUUCCAUUAGCGGAGUCUUCCUCCUCCCCCUCAGUCUCCUACGUUACCGUGAUACAAUACGUGUGGCAUUUAAUUCUGUGUGUGUCGACAGGCUCUCUCCCAAAAGCUACAUCUGUAGGUCCUUAAACAAGCAACGAGAACCCGAAUCUGCUUUUAUCGAGUAUAAGCAGCGAGCCCUUUCUAGCCAGUCCUCUCGUCGGUGCAGACGCGUUGACUUGAGGUUCUUUGGAUUGUUUAGUUUUUCAAUUUUUUAAAAGAGAAAAAAAGCACUUUAAAAAGGAAUUGGCUAACUUAAAAGACUCUCUCGUCCUCCUCCCUUUUCUCCUUUCCCACCUGCACUUGAAGGAAAUUGGAACAAGGCGGACAAAACGAAUCUUGCUUCCAUUCUCAGCCGUGUUGGCAGCCUCUCUCUGGGCCUUCCCUUGAGUCUCCCCUUUUUUGCCUCCCACAUCCACUCAUGCCAGUUUCAGUUCUUUUGGUGGUUAGGAAAAACAAGAAAACCCCCAAACAAGCAAACAAACAAACAAGCAAAUGAAUAAACAAGUAAACGAAUCAGCCAACCCCAACAAUGUUUGCAGGCUGUGUAAGCAUGCUCCCCUGUCGGCUCGCUUUGUGUGUCUGUUUAAUGAAUGUCCUAUGUAAAUGCUAAGAGAAAAAUGACAAUGACUUGGAACGGACUAACUGCAGUGACUUGAUGCUCUAAGACAUUGUAGGAUCGCGGACUAGCUGGAUUUUAACCCUUGGCUUUGUGAUUGUGAACCCCGAGUGAAGGAGCUGUAAGUGCUAAAGCUGAUCAUGUGUGUAGACAAACAGUGCUUUUUCUUUUCUUUUUUUUACCACUGUCUUAAUGGCAAAAUAAUUAUGGUAAACAAAGUCGUGUUUAUUAUUCCUUAAGAACUCUGUGUAAUAUUACCAUGGAAACGCCUAAUAAAGACAAAUGUUGUUGUUUCA